AUGGCGUCUUCGUCUUCUUCUACGCCGCUACUCUACGCGUGCAUCGCCCACAACACCACCGUCCUCACCGAACACACCGCCUCGGCCUCCUCAAACGCCUCCUCGCUCGUCUCCCUCGUCCUCCCACGCAUCGCCCACGACAAAUCCGCCCACAAGACUAUCGAUCAAUCCAAGUUCUUCAUCCACUGCCUCGUCAAAUCGCCCUCGGACUUCCCCAACAACCAAUCGACAGCUGGCGGCCUGACUUUCCUUGUCAUUGCUGAGCGCGACCUCGGCCAGCGCAUACCUUUUGGCUUCCUGACAAACCUCGAGAAGAAGUUCUUUGCCGAGUUUGAGCCUGGAAGCACGAAUUUCCACGACUUGCCGCCGUAUGGAUGUGCGAGUUUCAAUGGCGCGUUGAAGAGGAUGAUGGUCGAGCAGGGUGGCACGCAGGCCGGUCAGCAGGAUGCGCUAAGAACUGCUCAGCGCGAGAUCGAAGGCGUCCGAGAGAUCAUGACGGAGAACAUUGAGCGCGUGCUGGAGAGGGGCGAGCACAUGAGUGUGUUGGUUGACAAGACGGGCAGAUUGGGCGAGAACGCGCGCGACUUUAGGGUCCGGUCGAGGACGCUUAAGAGGCGGAUGUGGUGGAAGAACGUCAAGCUGAUGGUGCUGCUGACGCUUGUCGUCAUCUUUUUGAUCUAUCUCUUUGUUGGCUUCGGCUGUGGUCUUCCUGGUUGGGGACGAUGUCUCGGUCACUAA